AUGCCACGUUCUAGACGCCUCGAUGUGGCAAAAAUCCGGCAAGCCAGCGCUGCCGAGGCCCCAAGCAGAGAAAUCCGGACCUGUUCUGCGACCCGAGCCGACGGAGAAGUCAGUAACCAGUGGUCGUCACUGAAGACUUCAGUCUAUGGGGCAGCCGAGAAAAUCCUUGGAUACACCCAGCGACACCGCAGUGAUUGGAUCAGCCGAAGAACCCCGCAGUUGCCUGCUCAAACGGCUCGAGUUUGGUCCCGCAACGCUGACUACUUCUGCCAACUUCGGAAGAUGACGGUAAAAUCGGCCAGGGAUGACCAGAAGCAAUAUUGGGCUGAAAUAGCGACCUCCACGGAACAGGCCUCGAACGUUGGUGACACUCGAAAGCUCUACCAUCUGAUCCGCCAAGUUAGCGGUAAGCCCUCUACACUGAGUGACUCUGUUCGCGAUGUGAACGGCGGCUUUAUUGCUGGCAACUCGGCCAAAGUCGAACGCUGGCAUGAACACUUUGAGAACCAUCUCCACUUCGAUGUCCAACCUUCCUCGCCCUUGCUCUCAUCCUCAGCGGAGUUUCUUCCAUCUCCUACCUACGCAGUGCCAUAUGAUCCCCCCUCCGAGGGAGAAGUCGCCGAUGCCACACGAAAGUUGCGUAAAAAUAAGGCACCAGGAGAGGACGGUAUACCCGUUGAGAUCUCCAAGUCUUCUGUCGACACUCUGGCGCCGUGGCUCCAUGAGGUGAUUGAACGAGCGUGGAGAGACGAAGUUGUUCCUGAUGACUGGGGCUUAGGCAUCCUUGUACCUAUCCUCAAGAAGGGCGAUAAAAUGAGAUACGAGAACUACCGCGGCAUAAGUCUCAUCGACGUUGCUGCAAAGAUCUUCGCAAUCGUCCUACUCAGGCGAUUCCAGGCUGUGCGUGACUCAAGGACGAGGCCCAACCAAGCCGUAUUUCGUGCUGGACGCGGAUGCGCAGACCAGAUAUUCACACUGAGGCGCGUUCUCGAAUUUCGCCAACCGACGGCCGUCUGCUUCAUUGACCUUGCCGCCGCGUUCGAUUCCGUUCACCGUGAGUCUCUGUGGCGGAUAAUGGCUCCAGAUGCUGUACCGGCAAAAGUCAUCGCCAUGAUCAAGGCCUAUUAUCGCUCCACUACUGCGAGAGUCCUGGUCUGCAACAAUCUUUCCCAACCGUUCGGUAUUCGGUCUGGCGUCCGACAGGGUUGUAUCUUGUCACCCAUACUGUUCAACUACGCUAUUGACUGGAUUCUCGGGAGGGCCCUCCGCGAGAGUGGCGGCGUUGAAUUUGCACCCGGACAUCGACUGACUGAUCUCGACUAUGCCGCUGAUAUCGCCUUACUUGCUUCAAGUUUUGGUGAUCUGCAGUCUAUGAUGUCACGGGUAAACGAGGUCGUUAAAUCGGUCGGUUUGUCCAUAAACGCUGGGAAGACCAAAGUGUUCUCAAGCUGCAUCCCUGGCCAGGAAAAGGCACCCCUCAGGAUUGAUGGCUGUCAACUUGAAGAAGUAGACAGUUCUAAGUACCUUGGGGCGAGGCUGCUGCCUACUGGACAGAGCAAGGACGACAUUGUCUCCCGAAUCGAUGCUGCCCGCUGGGUUUUUUUCAAGCCUUCGAAAAUGCCUGUGGAACAGACGUGA